GGCCUCGAGUGUAACUACUUUUAAUUUGCUGAACCUGACGGUCGUCGGGACCCAGAGGAGAGCUGCGGCGGGGGACUGGCGGUCAUCAUGGCGGACCAAAACAACACAGACACCGGAGGCAGUCUCUACAGUGAAAUAUUAGGUCCGUCGGAGCUGUUCGCAGCCCGGUCCAGGAGUCACAAGAUCCCAGUCAGAGGACAGAAGGACUUCUUCCCCAGUGACUCGGACGAGCAAAGAGAGCGGCUUGAGCAGAGCCUGAAUGAGCACUGGAGCCUCAUAUCGGAGGAGAGAGUGGAGAGGCUAGGAAACCUAGUGAAGGCCACGUGGCUUCCGAGUGACCAGAUUGUGGAGCUCCAGUCUCCAGCUGGAAAGUUUUGGCAGACAAUGGGCUUCUCUGCCAAUGGAAAACAGUAUCUCCUCCCUGAAGAGGCUCUCUACCUGAUGGAGUGUGGAUCCCUGCAGGUGUUUUAUAAGGACUUGCCACUGUCCAUUCAGGACGGUUAUGAGAGAUUCCUCUCCUCAAACACAGUGGGCCUCCAGCAAUAUCAGGUCUUCGGGCAUUUGAAGAGGCUUGGCUAUGUGGUGCACAGGUUUGAUCCCAGUUUGGAGCCGUCGUCCUACGCGAGGCAGCUGAACCUGCUUCAGUCACACGACAGAGCAGGGAGACAAAUGAAGAGGAAACGCAGUGCCAGCCCCAGCCCCGCGCCCGCCCCCGCCCCAACAUCCAGUCAUACUGAAGCACAAGAAGAAUCCCCCACUGAGAGAAUGGAGGAGGAUAAAGGCAGCCAUGACGGUGAGGAGGACAAAACACUCCCUGAGUCACACUUGACAGCCUCUCCAGAGACUGCAGAGGUACGGGCUGCCACCACAAGUACAGCAGACGAAGGCGGGGGCAGGACCUGGUGGAUGACGGAUGUUCUCGGGGACUCGGGCCAAGGAACAGAAGACGGCCCCACCUCAGGUUCCUCCCGCUGGGACUUCAGCACCAUCCUUUUCCCAGACCUGGGCUCCGCGGAGCACCUCUCCAAAUGCCUGGCCUCUCCGGACCCAUCCCUGCUGCCCGGGGCUUUGGGUGUGGGAGUCUGUGACGUUGCCCCCUGGAGGCAGAGGAUAAACCUGCGGAAGGUGACGAUGUCCUCAAAGGAGCAGAAGAGGGAAGAAAACAAGCAAAGGCGGCAGGGGGAUGUCAACAAAGACAAAGAGGUUCAGCGGUGCAGAAACUGGGCAGAGUAUCAGGAGCUCCUGGCGAGGCGGCAGGAGGGACGUAAAGGUCGACCAGCACACCUGUGGAGCAGAGAGGUCUCGCCGUUACAUGACCCGACACAACCGAUCCCCACUGGGGAACUGUUGGAUAAAAUCAGUGUGAUUAAAUCUACAAAUUUGCUCGAGGGGGCGUCCAGGUUAAAAGGGUCAGAUGGGUGGAGGAUUUGUUUCAGUGUUUACCAACCUGAUUCGGUGGCUGACUUCAAGAAGAGCAACCCGGGGAAACCGUACUCCCGCAUGUGCGUGUGCAGUUUUGACGGUCCCGUGCCCGACCUGCGCGCUAUCAAGCUGCUGGCCUGCCAGAGUGGAGACAUCCCGGUGGUCUUUGCUGUGGUGGACCACGGAGACAUCUCCUUCUACACCUUCAAAGACUUCCAGCUGCCGACUGACGUGUACCCCUGACAACUCGCUGCUCUCAAAAACCAUCACUUUAAAACAUUUACCUCCACGUAUCCGGGACUUUUAAAUAAAUCUGUUGGACGGAGUGCAUGUGUGAAAAUGCAGACUUCUUUUGUGUGUCUGAUUUACAAGGUGGGGGUAUUUUUAGUGCCAGAGGUUUGGCCGCCCGGGUCAGAUCUGUUGGACGGGUAGGACCGUUUUCUUUCUGUGCUGCCACUAAGCGAUGCCAAAGUUGGGAAUUUAUAAUUUAUGGGUGUAUCCGUUUGCUUUGUUCACACUUUUGACACAGUGUUGAUAAAGAAGAAGAGUUAGUUUUUUGUUUUUUGGGUUUUUUUUUUUUUUUUUUUCUUUCUCUUCGGGGCCAACAUGCCAUCAGAGAGACUUAUUGGAACAAUUAAACUGACCAGAUUUGUUACUGUUUAUUUUCGGCAAAAACAAAAGACUAUCGAGUACCUCGUUAAUCCUGGUGGGAAAUAAAUUGUUUCUACAGCAGUUACAGUAUACAGCAAAAACUGAGGAGGAACUCCUGGUCAGUAUCACUAAAAUGUUAAUUAUUUACAAAUCCUGUCCAUUUGAUACAGUUUUAUUUGCUUUUAGCCAAAAGCCCAAGAAUGAAGCCGAAAGCUCCACAUUAAAGAACCAGCUGCAACAACAGCCAGUGCACCCAUCGUUCAUG